AUGGCUGGUAUCAAGGAGCUUAUCGUCGUGUUUGUGACCUUUUCGCUUUGUAUUCACUCGGUUUUGUCCGAGAAUGGGACUUAUCACUUCACCAUCAAGCAAGUUCCGAACCCAAAACCUAUUGCUCGCUCUCCAGAAGAUCUCUAUUCGCGAGCGUUAGGCAAGUAUGGCUAUCAAGAUCACUCUCUGGCAGCGCGUUAUCUUUCGCGCACGAACAGCUCUGUGCCUGCAAUUCCAGAGCCCGACGAUGAAUCGUUCCUCAGCCCCGUCAGAGUUGGCAGCCAGACGAUGCUCGUCAAUAUUGACACUGGUUCUGCUGAUCUCUGGGUCUUUUCUUCGCUUUUGCCAAAGGAACAAAGAGAAGGGCACACUUAUUACACUCCGAGCCUCAGUGCAGUUGAAUUGAAAAACUAUACCUGGGAGAUUCUGUAUGGAGAUGGAACUUCUGCCCUCGGCAAGGUAUUUAGAGACAAUGUAACACUAGGCAGCAUUUCCGUUGGACAGCAAGCAGUUGAAGCCGCCACGAGUGUUUCUCCUGCGCUGGUUGACGAUAGGAAUAACAGCGGCAUCAUGGGUCUUGCAUUUGGCACACUCAACAGAGUUAACCCUGUGAAGCAACGGACCUUUUUCGAAAAUGCCAUGCCACAUCUGUCAGCUCCGGUGUUCGCGGCGUCGUUGAAACACGGCGCUCCGGGGAGCUAUGAUGUCGGAUACAUUGACAGACAAAAGUAUACCGGCGAACUUAACUACCUGCCCGUGAAUAAAACAGACGGGUUCUGGUCCAUUGAAGUAGCCGGUUAUCAAGUCGGAAACGGCCCAAAGAUUCACCUUUCUUUCGAAGGAACUGCAGAUACCGGAACCACUCUCGCCCUUCUCCCAGAGCAGGUCGUACGCGCCUACUAUUCACAAGUCCCCAACGCAAAGCUCCACAACGGAAGACUUUGGUACUUCCCCUGCAAUACCAGCCUUCCGGACCUUGGCCUGAUGAUCAACGAACAUUACACCGCCACCAUACCCGGACAUUAUAUUCGGUAUAAGAAUCCGACCCCCCGGCUGAAUAAUGACUGUUUUGGAGGCAUACAGGCUGCGAGAAACGGCGCGGUCCUCGGGGCAAUGUUUCUCAAGAGCCAGUAUGUGGUUUUCGACUAUGGAAAGUUGAGAGUGGGCUUUGCGCCUCAGGCCAAGGGAAACGCGACUGCUCGUGCCAAUGUUGGUCUCAGAAACGCGCUUUGA